GCUUCUCGUAUUUUACAUAAUUCAAAUAUUGCACUCAGCAUAUUCACUGGAUUCUCCUAGAAUGCUGUAUUCUGUUAAAAUACAACACAACCCAGGGUUUUUUAGUUUGCUUUUCAAUCCGACCAACGGACACUAUGACUUGGUGUUUUCGUCUUUCACGCGUUCAACCUUGAUAUCUGACAAAAUUUUGCAAAUCCCUUCCGUUUCUAUUAAAUACAAGAAAAAAUCAAAAAUGGUACCGCAAGUGAUCACGGAUAUUUUUACAUCGCCAAGACAAAUUGGCGUCGUUCCAGCUGGUGCGUUUGGAAAAUAUCACUAUUUGACGGCUGCUACUGGAUUCUUUUUUCCUGGGGCGGACAAUGGAUCAAUAUCAAUAAUUAACACGACGGAUGCAAAUAGUCCAGGAGAUCCCAUCAUAAUAUCGUCCACCGUAGGAGGCCAGAAGUGGUUUUAUCAUCGAGUAAUAUGGUACGAUGUGGACGGUGAUGGCGACCAGGAUGCUAUUACACAAAGAGCAAGAGGAAAUGGCUCACAUGCAGAUGCUUCACAACUGCUAUGGUUUGAAAAUCCAGGAAUUAUUCCACCUCCUACAAACUGGAAAGCGCAUAUUCUAAGCACAGGAUACGAAGAUGUUAAUUUUGCAAUUCACAAACUUCCUUUACCAGGCGGAAGAGAGACUCUUGUCAUUAUAAGUGGAGGAUUCUUCAGUAAUCGCUUAACAAUAACCUGGUCGAUAGAUAACAAUUGGAAAAAACAGACAUCAAUAAGACAUCGAAUAAUUGACGACGCUGGAUGGUAUUUGGAUUUGCAGAUUGUCGAUGUAAACGAUGACGGAAUAGACGACGUGUUGAUUACUACUUGGAGUAGGCCUGGGAAAGAAAAUAUUGGGGCAGUCCUAGUUUAUGAAGUUCCUCGCAGAGACUGGAGAAUAGAUAAAUGGCCGAAGCAUGUACUGUCUACUGAUUUUGAACAAGAUCUGGGACGUUCGAAAGGGAGUCCAGGAACACCAGUGGCAUUCUGGCGUCUACAUGCGGCAAAAAAGAAUAGAGAGAAACCUCAUAUUGUUGUUAACGGCGACGAUGACGGAAAACUGUUCCUGCUGAAACCAGACAGUGAAGAUCCGAACGAUUGGUCGUAUACACAGUCGACAAUUUUAAGCACGUCCGAUUCUGAAAUAGUUGGAACAAUAGCUGUUGGGGAUGUUGACGGAGAUGGAUUCAUCGAAUUCUUUAUUCCAAAUUACCGUAACCAACGAAUCGUUGUUAUGACUUACAAACCACAAAAUUGGUGAAUGUAAUUUUCUGUUAAAGUAUCACCUAUUCCACGUUUUCGAUUUUAUUUAAAUAUACCGGAGUGAAUUCGUUUCUAAUGUUAUUAGCAUCCAGAAAA